CCAGUUUAUAUAUGCUCCCGUCUCGUAUCUCUUCCUAAAGUAAAGCCGGAAGUUGAUCAACACUCGACUGCAAAAGGUCUGCAAAGCAUACUCGGUUUAAAGGGCUACUGUGCAAAACUUCUCUUGGAGUAAAUAAUGCUGAGUCCCCUGGUACAACGCUAUCGGGCAACAUUAAGAGGGUCCCCUAAGUUUUUUACGUGAGGUGUGAUCAGGUGACUUUUUUUCUCGUGAAAGUUCGUGAAAAAAAUAGAAUAAGACAUUAGUCCCGACUAAGAAAAAGGUAAAAUGUCAAUUCGUGACAUCAGAUUUUUAUUUGUAUGUGAAACAUGAUCAUCUCAAAUGAACGUGAAAGAAUUUUGAAUAUAAUUCGUGAUGUAUGAAAAGGCCAAAUGCAUUUACGUGACUGAGUGUUAAAAAGGAAUUGGAGACCCUUCAUUAACAUAGGGAACAUCAACGAUCAAGGAAAUGUGAAGGGAAAGAUAAGUUUGCUUUCCAAGGGAACAGGUUACGAGACCAAUUUUACAAAUAUAUUUACCAUGUCUGCAAAUUUCAGUAACAAAUUUAAUAAGAAAUUUCAGUUAUUCUUGGUACCGAAUGGUUUUGUCUGCCGAAUUAUUUUACACGGGAAGUCAGAGCGACUGAUCUAGAAUUUCCGUCGUUGCUGAGACAGUCGUAAUGAUAAGGAACUGGAAUGACGUAGUCAAAGGAAAAGUUUCAUCAAAUAUUCAGUAUAUUAUGAGCGCCACGCACUUCCAAGUUCAGUCCUAAUCGGUCGAUGGAAAGGUAAGUUUGCAUACAAAGGAACAGGUAACGAAACCACUCUAGCAAAUAUAUUCACCAUACCUCCAAAUUUCAGUCACAGAUUUGAUACGAAAUUUCAGUUACUUCCGGUAACUGAAAGUUUUGGCUGCCGAAUUAUUUUAUACGGAAAGUCAGGCAGCUGUUUUUAAAUUUCCGUCGUUAUCGUCAUGGUUAGAUUACAGAAGAGAACUGAAUUUUAAAAUUUUGCGGUAAUCGUCACAAAUAAUUUUCUCUGACUCUUAAUUUGGUGAAGGUUUUCCAAAUGUAUUUUCGUGACGAGUGUACUCUGCACCAAGAUUUGUGCCCUUAAGUAAACUCGCCUCGUCAUCAAUUUUUGUAGCAAAGGUUUCGCCGAUCAGUUUAUAUUCUAAAUCCUUAUACUUAAGCAGUAUCUAUUUUUAAGUGGCCUCUUCGCGUCUUUUGAUUUCGUUUUCAGGUACCUUAGUAAGAAGUUACUAUCACAAAGUCUCGAAGCUGACGAUCAGGGUAACUACACGCUCGCCAAGAUUUAAAAUAAUAAUGCAGAUUGGAGAGCUUUCUCACGAUACGUUAAAGCUAGUGUGUGUCUCCUUAAAUGAUGGACUGAGCACUGGCUACAAAGCUCUGAUAGCGAAGAUGUUUACUGACCUUUAUUCCCACGAGGAGGUAAUUGAGAUUGAAAAAAGGAGGAAUCCAGCAAAGAAAUUACUACAAGAUCUUAACAACCGGCAAAUACCGGUGGAGCGACUCCUAGAAGGAUUGGAAGCUAUUGGAAACAUAAAGGCCAUAAAUAUUAUAAUGAAGGAUGUCAUGAAAAGAGGGAAGACUCUUAACUUGCCUAAGGAUAAUCCAUAUUCUGGAUGCUGCUCCACUAGGCAGCCACAGGAGCACAGAGAUGUUGUAGUAAUCGAAGUAGCCAGCGGUACUUCACCCUUGCCGUACCCUACCAGGGAACAAGUCAAAACAUACAGAGCUCCUGUUCAGGAAACACUGAUCAAUUCAUCACAGUAGAGUAAUGAAGAUUCCGUUACUGUGAAAGGAUGGUAACCAACCUACUUGUUUACUUUUUCUCAUUCUUAUAAGAAAACACGUAUAUUGUUGUGAAGUUAGUUGUUUAGAAUGUAGAUCUAGCCUACGUUAGGUUUCCUGAUUGUGUGUCAUGCCCAGCUGUCUAGAUUUGUACACCCUUUACCAAAUUGAUUAAAAAAUAUAUAGUAUA